GGUAAUUAUUUUACUUCUUUUUUUUGGCUAUAAAUAUGGUCACUUGGGGAUUCUUGUUUUUGCAUGCGAGUCCUCAAACUCUGAGUCUCAUUUAGUCUCAGCUAGCCCCUCUCAUUGAAUCCUCUCUCUUUUUCUCACUACGCACACCAUGUCUGGAACUCGAGCAACUCCACUACUGCUUACUCAAAGUCAAAACCCUUGUUUUCAGUCCUCACAAAGUGUUUCAAGUACCAACGGCAGCAUAAACUGCAUUUCAGGACGUGACCAUGAAUCAUGUCAUGUUCCAAAUCCAAUCAUUGACUACUCCAUGCUCAACUCCAAUGAUUGUCUCAAAAGGUCUCAAGCUAUCAAUGACCUCAAUCAAGCUUGCCUCAACUAUGGCUUCUUCGCAGUGACAAAUCAUGGGAUCCCAGAUAGCUUGAUUGGGAGUGUUAUGAAUUGGCUUUCCAAAUUUUUUAAUCAAAGUGAUGAGGAGAAGCGAAGGUAUGAUACGAAUGAUCCGACGGAUAGGAUCAGAUUCAGGUGGGGCGGCAGAACCCAAAGAGAGCUUCUCCACAUGAGGGCACAUCCCACCUUCCAUUGCCCAACAAAGCCUGCCGAUUCCAUGGUUUUAACAGAGUAUUGUGAGAGAAUGCGAGAGAUGGGAAUGCAAUUACUUAGAGGGAUUUCAAAAUCUCUAGGGCUUGAAGAAUGCUACAUAGAAAACAAAAUGAAGCUGGAAUCGGGCUACAACGUUUUUGGACCAAAUUACUAUCCAGCACUGUCGCAGUCCUCGGAUGAUAAGAAUCAGAUUGGCCAAUUCCCUCAUCGCGACCCUGGUUUACUUGUUCUCCUUGCACAAAACGUGGGUGGGGGGCUUCAGAUAGAACAUCAGAAGAAGUGGCUCAAUGCAGAUUUUCCUCCUAGUUCCAUUUUUGUCAUUGUUGCCGACCAUAUAGAGAUUCUUACCAAUGGAAAAUACAAGAGCUUGUUGCAUCGGGUGGCCUUAAACAGCGAAGUGGAAAGGAUGAGUUUACCCUUCUUUUUUGGGCCAUCGUUGGACGUAACUGUGAAGCCUGAACCAGAGUUUGUGGACGACCACAACCCACCCUCUUAUCGUCAAAUGACUUACAAAGCAUACUUGGAAUCCAAUGACCACCAUGUGAUUGAAGCGAGAGCAAACUUGAAUCAGAUUCGACUCUGAAACUUCAAAUUAAUAGCUGCUUAUAUUUAAGAAUAAUUGGAUGGUAAUUCCAUUCAAAAAUAUAUAUUUACUUGUCAUGUAUUAUGAUUCAGACUCUCUUAUUAGUCUAUAAUAUGUGUGGUACUCUUUUCUACCAUGAGGUUUGUCCUUUAGGAAGGUUUUAACGAAGCCAUUGUUUCGUGUUGCUC